UCGCCGCACAGCCGUUCGGGCACUCAGAACAGCACCGUCGUGUGUUGGCCACAGUUGAUGAGCUCUCGCAGGCGCCACAACCAAAAGUUCAACCGUUUCGCGGCGGGAUGUGAAAAGUGCAGCACAGCCGGCCAGAAUCGUUUACAUUUCCAAAUUUCCCUCAGAUUGGGAUGAAGUCUAAAAACUGUUAACAAAAGAAAACUUAAAGCCGAUUUACCAAUUCAAAGUGAAAAGAAUUUCAUUAAUAGACAAUCAACUACCCACGUUUUUUGCUACAACAAAUUGUGAUUUUAACACCGGAUUGGCGCCAACUGGCGUUGCGACGAGUGCUUCGUGAGGAACCCCCGAUAAUCAACCAGAGCUAAUUGCCGAGCAAUCUCCUCAUCCGGCGGAGUUCUUCUGAGGCCCAGAUGCCAUAAAGAUUAGCCUGCUUAUCGGGCCCUACGACUGACUGGGACCUAGCCACUUUGAAUACUGGUAGUGCAAGAUGAGAGACAAGAAGGAGCAGGCGAACAGCCGCAAGGCCUCCCAGGUCUCGGGACACUUCUCCCAGAUGGACGUGGACGACUCGGAGUUCAACGAUCCCUUCCAAACGCUCAUGGAGAAGGCUGGCAACCACGGCCGCUACCAAACCCUCUACAACUUCGUCUUCGUCGGCGGACUGGCCUUCUGCGGGGCCAUGAUCUACAUGAACAUCAUCCUGGCCCUCAACAUCCCCGAUCACUGGUGCACGGUGGCAGGCAGGGAGAACACCAACUUCUCGCUGGAGGAAUGGCGGGACAUCACCCUGCCCAAACAGGCGGACAACCGUGGAAGGGCCACCUUCAGCAACUGCGAGAUGUUCCAGACGAACUUCUCAGAGAUCUCGGACUGGUCGGCUUGGAACAUUAGCAAGCGGACAACAAAAACAGAAGCCUGCCGCGACGGCUGGAGCUACGACAGGACCUGGUACGAGAGCACCAUCCCGACGGACCACAACUGGGUGUGCGCCAAGGAUUUGUUCGUGACAAAUGUGUUCGUGGUGGGUCGUGUGACGGAGGUGGCCGGCUCAUUUAUAUUGGGACAAAUGGGCGACUCCUACGGCCGCAGGUUCGUGUACUACAUCAGCGUGGUGUUCUGCUCCCUGGGCCGCAUUGGGUCCAUCAUGUGCACCAGCUCGUACACGUGGUUCCUCAUCAUGUCCGGCAUCGUGGGCCUCACCGUGAACAGCCUCUUCCAGUCGCCCCAAAUUAUCGGCAUGGAGAUCUCGCGGGAGGAGGACCGCAGUCGGAUUGCCUUCUUCCAGAGCUGCGGCUGGUCCAUCGGCACCACCCUGAUGCCCCUGCUCUACUGGUGGCUGCGCCACUGGGACUCCUUUAUGUGGCUCACCUCGGUGCCCACGGCGAUGGUCCUGCUCUUCUCCAAAUACGUAAUCGAAUCGCCCCGAUGGUUGAUUAGCAAGCAGCGCUUCCGCGAGGCCAUUGUCCAGCUGCAGAAGAUAGCCAAAAUUAACGGCCAUCGAUUCGACAUGACCGAGAAGGAAUUGGCCGAGAUCUACAGCCGGGACAAGCAGGACGUCACCUACGGCAUCGCAUCGCUCUUCGCUGGCUGGCGGCUGGCCCGCAACACCAUCAUCAUGGGCUUCAGUUGGUGCGUGGUGGCCGUCUCCUAUUUCACGCUGGUGCUCUUCAGCUCCCGCAUGGCGGGCAACCCGUUCCUGAACUUCCUCUACCAGAGCGUCGUGGAGAUCCCCGCCUACGUGGUGGGCCGCUACAUGGGUGAUACAUAUGGCCGGCGCUUCACCAACUCGGUGUCGUUUCUCGUCUCGUUCGUCACCUGUCUGCCCAUCAUCGUGUACUCGACGGACGAGCGGUACGAGAGCCUCAUGAUCUACCUGGCCACCUUCAUCAAGUUCCUCAACGCACUCACCUUCUUCACGGUGAACCUGCAGUGCCUGGAGAUCUACCCCACGUGCAUGCGCCAGACGGGCGUGGCCCUGGGCACCAUCCUGGCCAACGCCAUCGGCGUCCUCGCUCCUUACCUGGUCUACCUCGGCACCACCGUGGACAUCCGGGCCCCGUACUACAUCCUGGGCGUCCUCUUCCUGCUCGGCGGCAUCGGAGCGCUCUUCCUGCCGGAGACCCUCCACAAAAAGCUACCCGACACCUUGGAGGAGGCCGGUCACUUUGGCAAACACGAUAAAUUCUUCAGUCUGCCGAAACCGCCGCCGGCGGUGGAGACGGACGACAGCCUGUCAUCCCAUCCGGAGUUAACCAGGCUCAGACGCUCGGAGACGGCGCCUUGAAGCCACGAAGACCGGAAUCCUCGAGACCUGCGAACUCCUCCAUGGUUCUCGCUGGCAAUCGAUUCCCGUCGCCGUUCACCGCUCACGUUCCCCUUGUGAUGUUACGUUAAGUUUGGCCCCAAGUAUUGCGAAUAAAGUAUUGUUAUGUAGGCAGCCGUAA